UGACAUCCUUGAUUGCAAAACUAAACAGAGAGGAAGUUGGGGUGGAGAAACAAGAUUUGGGUUUAAUAACACAGUAUAGAAAAGCCUAAGAUCUUUCAAAACUCAAGACUGAAUAAGACAGAAGCCAAAUAGCCCAGCUCUAAGCAGAAAAGAAGUCAUAAGUACAGAAACUACCAGGACCCACCAUGGUCCCCUGGCAGAGGUUGUCGCUGCCGCUGCUGCUACUGCUGCUCUCUCCCCUGCUGUUGCUUCCCUGGCCAUCCUCAGCCAUUUGUAUCCUGGACGAAGAGGGCGAUAAUUGCUUCUGCAAUUUUUCCACCCCGGAACCCAAUUGGAAUAGUCUUCAGAUGUGCCUUUCGUCUGUGGAGGUGGAGAUCCACGGGGGCGGCCACAACUUGGAUAUCUUUUUGCCGAAAGGCGGCCUUGCCGACCCCAGACAAGCAGCAGACUUGCUGCGAUCGCUGCGCCUGAAACGGCUGAAGCUAAAGGAUGCCCAGGUGCCGGCCCCACUUCUGUACCAGCUCCUGCAGGCGCUGACCUAUACGCGGACCCAGGAGUUGUCGCUGGAAGACCUGGGGGUUUCGCACCCGCCUCUCCAACCGCGAUCUCCCAGUGAUCACGCCCUGGCCCUGAAAGCCUUGAAGCUCAACAGAGUGUCGCCAGCUGGAGAGGGCGAUCUAAUGGCAGCGAUACUGACUUGGCUAAAACCUGGACUGAAGACGCUGAGCUUGACUGAUUCGGGCCUGAGCAGUGUGCCCUGCUCGAACUUGGGCACCUUCAAGGAAUUAAGCUCUCUAGAUCUGUCGGACAACCCAGCAAUAGGAGAGAGUGGCUUAACCGCGGCCCUCUGCCUCAAGGAGUUCCAGGAGCUGCGGGACCUGGCGCUUAGGAACACCAGCCUCCAGUCCCUGGGAGGAGUGUGCGGGGCUCUGGAGGCGAGGGGGGUCAAAGUGCAGCGGCUGGACAUCAGUUACAACGAGCUGCGCGAUACGCCCUCCACUCAAUGUACCUGGCCACCCACCCUGACAUCCCUUAACUUGUCCCACGCAAAGCUGAAGUGUGUGCCGAAGUCUCUGCCACAAAGGCUACAGCAGCUGGACCUAAGCCACAACCUGCUGACGAAGCAGCCGACCCUAGACCAGGUGACCGAGCUGGUCCUCGAAGGAAACCCCUUUACCCAAAGCAGCGCCUUAGCCAGGUCGCGAAGGGAGCAAGCGCCAGAGGAGUGUGCAGAGUCGGUUCCUUCCCGUGGGAGCAGGCCCUUCGUGGGCUCCCCGCUAGCCUUUCAGGUCUUUGGGACCGCAGCCUUCGUGCUGCUGUGCAGGGUCAGAAGAUUUGCCUGAAGGCAGCUGGAGAGAAAACUGGGGAGGAAAGAAAAACAGUCCAAGUCCCCACCUGAUUGCUUUAUGAUUCCAGGCACUGCGGUGUAACCUGAUAUUAGUCUCUACUACUUUUCUUAAAAAAACAAACAAACAAACCCAACAACAAUAAAACCUAAUAACUGAGAAACAAAA